ACUGCGGUAUAAUUCAGUUGACAGAACCUGUAACCACACUAUAACCCAAUUAGACGAGCGCAUACACAUAUAUAUCUCCUCAGCAAGGUUUUCAUUCAAGCCGUUUGGAAACUUCACCAUUUGAAUAUUUUCAACCUGGCGAUUUGAUUUUUUUUUUAAAAGAUCAUCUCCAUUAAACAGGUAAAUGCUCAUCAUUACUAAUAGUACUCGGCUAAUUUUUGUGAGAAUCUAUCUUUGUGUUGGAUGUGCAUUCACUUAUGUAUCUACAAUUACGAAACAGAUUUAUUUAGUUCAUCUUAAACGUUCGAAUUUUUAAAAACAUCUGAACAUAAAUAGGCAAAAAGUUCAAUAGAUCUCCGUGGAUCUGGCAACGCGAAAAGAAUCGUGUCGUGGAAAUAUGAGAUCUUGGAUUUGGUCCCCCUGUUAACAAUGUGUUAUUCAUUUAAUUUUGUCUUCAGACUUCGGGCGUGUUGAGCUUUUGACUCCUGUCAUUGUUCAGCUUUCUAUUUAAUUUUUUUUUCCCCAGUUAUUUUGUUUUUAUUUAAGCUUGCAUUUUUUCAAAUAAAUUUUAGUGCUUUGAUUAAAACAAUUUCCGACAACAAAAAAAAAUGUUUAAAUCUAAAAAAUAAUAUUGUGGAGACCUCGAUGUUUUGUCGCGUUUUGAUCCAUUUAUUUUUUUGUAUAUCAAAGGAUAUCCGUAAGGUUUCAUCAGCUCCACAUUUAUUUCUUGACAUGAUUGAAACACAAAAAAUGGACUAAACCCAUUUCAAGGGAGUUAAAUAAUUUGUAAACGCUGAAGAAAAUUUCUUUUUCAAAUAAAAGUGAAGUCAUUUUUUUUUUUUGGUGAGGGGUGGGGCGUAAAAAAAAAGGGGGGGGGGGGGUAAAUUUAAAAGAAUAAAAUUAUUUUCCUUUAGUUUUUAUAAUGAUUUUUAUUGUUUAAUAAUGCGUAUAGCGUUCUUAUCAUGCUGACCAAUUUUUUUAAACAAAACAAAAAAAAAAACAACUUAUAUAAGCACUUAGUGAAAUAUUAUUUAAAAAAAACUGAAAUUGGUUUAAUUCGGUUUUUCUACACUUUGUUGGGUGUUUAGGGUAAGUUAAAAUAAUUACGUGACAAAGUGGCCACGCGGUCUAAACUGUCUCAAACCAAAUAGCUGGUGGUCAGGAGUUCAAUCCCCCACCAAAGCCAACAUCCCAAGCACCCCGGGUGGAUGGGUCUCGCUAGCCUUGGUCGGCAACGCAUCUAAGAGAAUGCAAACUCUGAAUUUAAAUCAAGAGCCAGAAUGAUCAACAAAUUGAUCGUGGGCCUCUCAAAUAUAAGAAGAAGAAGAACAAAUACUUUGUCGUGUGAAGUUGACCAAAGAUAAAGUGUUCACUUUCUAUGUUAUUACUAUUCCCCGUUUUCAAGAUUGCGUGCUUGCUUCUCAUCAGCGCAUUCAAUGUCAAUGUCAUGUGCUAGCGUGAUACCCAAUAAUUUGCUCAUUGCAUCUGAUGCCAUGUGCCGGCGUGCUACCCAAUAAUUUGCUUAUUGCGUCUGAUGCCAUGUGCCGGCGUGCUACCCAAUAAUUUGCUCAUUGCAUCUGAUGCCAUGUGCCAGCGUGCUACCCAAUAAUUUGCUUAUUGCGUCUGAUGCCAUGUGCCGGCGUGCUACCCAAUAAUUUGCUUAUUGCGUCUGAUGCCAUGUGCCGGCGUGCUACCCAAUAAUUUAAUAAUUUGCUUAUUGCAUCUGAUCCCAUGUGCCACCCUGCUACCCAAUAAUUUGCUUCUUGCAUCUGAUGCCGUGUGCCGCCGUGCUACCCAAUAAUCAUGCCAUGUGCCGGCGUGCUACCCAAUAAUUUAAUAAUUUGCUUAUUGCAUCUGAUGCCAUGUGCCAGCGUGCUACCCAAUAAUUUGCUUAUUGCAUCUGAUGCCAUGUGCCGGCGUGCUACCCAAUAAUUUGCUUAUUGCGUCUGAUGUCAUGUGCCGGCGUGCUACCCAAUAAUUUGCUUAUUGCGUCUGAUGCCAUGUGCAGGCGUGCUACCCAAUAAUUCGCUUAGCGCAGCUGUUGCUGACUGCUAGCGAGCCACACAGCGAUUCUGUAAGCACACCUGUCGGCAUGCGCUAUGGUGCUACCCCAAUAAUUAUUUUACUGAAUCUUUCAGCGUCUGCUUUUGUGCUACCCAACGAGCCUGUUGGUGUAUCUGUUGACAUGUGCUUGACUCAACGACUUCUAUCCAUACACACACACAAAAAAAACCAACACUUUCACUACAUCAGUUGUUGUUGUUGAGGUAGCAAUGGACAACAAAUAUCCUUUCAGUUUUACCGUAUUUCAUGAUCCGCCCCUGCCCCCCCCCCCAACUCUCCAAAAUCUCGAUGUGGCCAAUUCCGUGAGAUAUUUAUUAAAUGUGGCCUCUCGCCACUAAUAUUGAUCUUAGGGCGACCCAGCUGGAAGGCCGACAUUCUCACAGAACUACGUGAUCAAUAACACAAGACACUCGACAGAUGCUCGUACAUGUGAUGAUAAGCUCCCGAAACCAAGUCCGUCGUAUGGGAAUAAAUACACUGCAUGGACGUGCUCUAAGUAUAUCAGUAGAGAAUAAAAACAACAUGUGCCUGCAAACAAUAGUUAAAAUCAUCUAUUAUUUAUAAUGUAAUAAUUUUUCUAAAGCCUAGAGCAAUUACUUAAAAGUUGGGGGAACAACCAAAAAAAAAAGUGUGGGGAUUGGAUGGCUUUAAAAAGUAUUAAUUUUUGUAUAUCCUUCAUUCGAACUUGGCUUUUGCGUGUUUAGGGCGAAAGCUUCGAACGGCCUACUGACCCAUUUCCCAUCAACCGAUCGAGCUGAAACUUGGCUUUUAGGUUUUAUUUUAUAAAGUAAUAAUACGAAAAACUUUGGUUUUAGGGGUUGUUUAACUAAUAAGCAUGAUUGAAUGAAAUCGAGGAGGGGCAAAAAAAAAAAACAACAGUUUCUCUAAUGCUUUGUAAAAAAUUUGAGUUUAUUAUUUUGAUUAACAUUACUUAUUUCUAAGACGUUUUUAGGAGAGAAAAAAAAACACCAACAAACAAGACUCGUGUCAAGUGUCAAAAAUCUCCAAAUGUCAGGCGUGCAUUAUGGUUACGGUGGGAAUAGGCACAUCUGUGUCUCAAUAAACAGUUUUUUUUAAAAAUCAUCACUAUAUUACUAAUGGAGAAUAGGAUAUUUUUAUCUGAAAGUUGGGGGGGGGGGGGGGGUUGUUGUUAUUUGGUUUUAUUUAUUAACUUUAUUAUUUAGUGGCAUUUUUUUUUUCCUUUUUUCCACAGACAUGUUUGUCAGUUUGGGUGACCUCACCCACAUCUGGACUGUAGUGGUCAGCUUGGGCCUGCUCCCUAUGGUAGCCCUCGCCACGGAGAGCGACGAUUGUAACCUGCUGGUAAAUAUGUCCUUUCAAUUUCAGCUUGCCAUUACAUGUAUCACAGAAUAACAAAUUAACCCUUGACAACCCAAGACGAUUCCCACACUUUGUAACAGUCACUGCUUUCGUGCUUAUUUGAUUCCGUAACUAAACAAGUUAUUAGAUCUUAACAAGAUUUAAUGACUUUUAUCGUUAAUUUAGUAGGCGAAUUUAAAUAUUCGCGAGAGCUGGUCACAGAGUGUUACCAAAUGUUUCUUCGCAGUGGCGUAGGAAGGAGGUUUUGGAAAAGGGGGGGGGGUGGGGGGUUGUAAUGCUCACCCGGAAGGAUUCCCCCCCCCCCUCUUUAUAAGGAGGGAUGGCAUUUUCAAAGCACCCAUGUAAGGGGCGGCAAAUAUCUUAACCUGCCCCGGGUGGCCCUAACCCCUUGAUACGCCACUAGGGGGGGGGGGUGGGGGGGGUGGAAUGGUCACCCGGAAGGAUUCCCCCCCCCCCUCUUUAUAAGGAGGGAUGGCAUUUUCAAAGCACUCAUGUAAGGGGCGGCAAAUAUCUUAACCUGCCCCGGGUGGCCCUAACCCCUUGAUACGCCACUUUUUCUUCGUUUAAGAAUAAAGGGUCGAGCUAAAGGAAAAAAAAAUUCCGAAAAAGCGGAAUUCAGGAGAGUUCAAAAUCUGUGGUCCCGGCAAACCCUCCGUCUUGUGGCCCCGGAAAACCAUGAGACUGCAGUGGGGCCUCGGAACAUCACAGACAUGUGAUGUGGAGGGGGGGGGGGAAUAACGAUCAACUUUUAAUGUAAAAGUCACAAGAACAAAAAAAAUGGCAGAGGGUCUCCAAGAAGUAACGCGACUACUCACGUUAAAACUCAUCCUUUGACUAAUUCCUUAACUUUGAAUGCAUUUUUUUUAAUGGCCUGAACAUUUCCAUCCAUUUCUAAAUACAUGAUGGAUCAGACAUUUCCGACAGUACGAUGGUGUGACACCGUGACAGCGUGGCAGUAUGACACUUUGUCCUAAUUCAUAAGACAGGCUGCUUGCACAACAUGCGGCUUGCCAGCACCCACUUUGCGGACCGAGACGUAAAGAAAUAUUCUUUAUUCUCAUGAUGUUAUUAAUAGCUUUUCCUAACUGUCCUAUUUUCUUGAGGCCCGCACAGGUCCUGUCCUAAUUUCUUUUGGCCCGCACAAGUUUUUCUUUAAGUAUUACGGCCCGCCUUACAUUUUGAGUUCUGCAGGCCUGAUAUGAGAAGCAAAUUCUAUGGGUCCUCCUUAUUUUAUAACAUAAUAUGAGAUUUGCACAGAUGAAACUUUUCAAGCCUCUCUUUGAACUAACGCGCCCCCACCCCUUUUUCCUUCCCCCACCCCCUCCCCUUUUUUUUUCUACCCCGAAUUCUGUAACCGAUGCAACAGUUUGUUCACUUUUUUUCUCCGCGCUCUGCCACCGACUAGAUGACACAUAAUUUAUGUUGUGUGUUUUGUGUCUUCUAUCCACCUCAGCAAAGUACCGUCCCCAUCACCCGAUUCGCCACGCUGUCGCACAGGGGCAACUCCGUGGGGGUCAUGUGCACGGGUGACGUGGUGCUCAACAAGUGUGAGGGAACGUGCGUUUCCAGCGUGUCCCCGAGCGUCACGACCUACCCGGGAUACAGGAAGGUCAGUAACCAUGACAUUGAGUUAAGUCUUAGAUUUGACCAUUCAUGUUAUUAGAAAUUGAAUGUAUGUGAGUUACAUAUGUUAUCCUUACGUACAAGUAUACAAGAUUAUAACCCGUUGAAACCGACACGUUGCAAAGAAUUUGGAAAGGGGACGCAAAUGUCUGUUCUCAAAAUGCAACUCUGUUCCGAAGGUUGUCUCUGUUGCUAAAAGCUUGACAUAAAAGUGAACAUAAACCGUUUUAAACAGGACGCAUCUGCAUUUUUUAUUUAUUUUUUUUUGAUAAUGCAACGCAGUUUCGAAAGGUUCCAUUUCUGAGCAUUAGUUCCAGACAGACAUGCGGCGGAAAUAUGUAUUUGAAUAUAAAUGAAUUUCAUUUGCCGCAUGUACUAUAGCAGUCGUUAUUUUGGUGAUAGAUUAAGGUACAUCGAACAUAAUUUCUGAUGUUUCUAAUUUAUCGUAGACCCCCCCCCCUUUUUUUUGCCUCUUCCCCACUCCAAAGAGUUUGUUGAAAGCCCCUUAAAGUAUCUAUACCGUCUCAUCGUCCAGGACUGCCGGUGCUGCAAAGAGACGGCCACCGAGACCAAGUCCAUCACGCUCAGAGAAUGCUACCGUGGCUCCCAGGUCGUCCCCGACCUUCACUACACGUUCGACGUGAGAGAGAUCAGCGGCUGCUCGUGUCUGAACUGCAAUGGUUAAAGAAGAACACCGCGGUCGAACACGCAGUUGCUCAAACGUUCCAUUGGACUACACAAAUACAGAAUAAGCUCAGACGUACUACGUAGUAAGAAUCUAUCUGAACAUUCCUUAGUUAUGGAAUAGUCCUGAUCUCUAAUAUAUAUUCAUAUAUAAACAUAUUAAAAUUUUGAAUUAUUAACCAAUAAUUAUUUUUGUUUUCAAAUCAGGCUGAAAUGCGAAUAGUUUUAAUCAUUCAAAAACCAUGGUUGUUUCGGUUAAAUAAUAUAGAUAUUUAUUUUUUUGUGUGUGUGUAAAACUGUAGUGGCAACUCUAACAAAUUACUGUUGCAGCCUUGGGUUGUUGUUUUUUGGGGGGUUUUUUUUUUUUGGGGGGGGGGGGAGGGGGGGGUAUAAUUGUGAAUAAUUUUUUAUCAUAAUCUUAGUAAAUUUGUUUGCUUUUUUUUUUUUCCACGAAAUUUUUUUUUAAAUUUUUUUUUAGGGGUAUAAUUGUGAAUUAUUCUUUAUCAUAAUCUUAGUAAAUUUGUUUGCUUUUUUUUUUUUCCACGAAAUAUUUCUUUAAAUAUUUUGUUACAGUUUCAUUGAGCAAUGAACAUUUGAUGACUUUCUUAAUAUAAUAGAUAUUUGAAUUAAUAAUCAACUAAUAAAGUAAGGGAUGUUUACUGAUAUCAAGCUGUUUUGUUUUUGUUAAGUUUCCUCUACAAAAAGUAUUUCAAGCAUCUUCAUUUCACCUCAAUAUACCGCAAUGUGUUUCUUUUAAAAAUGUCAAAUGAAAUGCAUUCAUUGUGUUAUUUUCUUAUUCCGAAUUCAAAAUAUCUUCUACAAAUUAUAUAUAUAUAUAUAUUGUCAAAUAACCGUUAAAAAUUUUACCAAAUUUAAAAAAAAAAAAAGAAUAUAAUAAAACAAUUAUUAAACUAGGUCCUUCUUUUCAUUUCUCUAUGGCUGGUUUGCUUUCAGCCAACUAUAACCAAUAGCUAACGUAGCCAAACUCUGGACAUUCGUAUCCUCUUCCAUGAACACAAAAGUGUAUCCAAUCUUUCCAUCGUAUGUUUAGAUAAGAUGCUUAAAUCACUGCAAAUGAUUAUACACCUACACUCUUCUGUGGACAUGUGGACAACAGCUACACACGAAAACGUAAUAAAAGAUUUUAUUCCAUCAAAAUCGCCAGACACUGUAUUUAUUUAUUUAUGUUUUCAAUUAAGAAGAGUAAUGCGCUGUCAUUUUUAUUAUUAAUAAUUUAAAUUUAGUAUUUCCCCAGAGAGGCCCUCACGGGGAUCAACCAAGUGCAACUCAGGUUGUUGUUGUUGUUGUUGUUAUUUUAAAGACAAUAAGCUGAUCCAAACGAGGGUGGGGAGAUGUCAGUGAAAUGAGUUCAUGGCAGUUAUACAACCUCGUAUAUAUGUAUUGCUUCAGGUAUGUCAUGCUUCCUUUUCUAAACCGCUCUCCCCACAGCUCCUCGUGUUUUGUGGAAAGAGUAUUGAGUGUGUGUGUGGGGAGGGGGGGGGGAUGUAACGCAGCUAGCUUCAUGCAUGACGGUUGAACUCGGGUAAUUAUUAUAUUUUUUCAGGGUGGGGCGACUAUUAUAUUAAUCAUUAAGGGGCCACGGGUAUGGUGUGAGACUAUCUGUAGACCUAUCGUUUAAAGGUCGGCAGGUUAAGGUGUAGGACUGUCUGUAGACCUAUCGUUUAAAGGUCGGCAGGUUAAGGUGUAGGAGUGUCUGUAGGUCUAUCGUUUAAAGGUCGGCAGGUUAAGGUGUAGGACUGUCUGUAGACCUAUCGUUUAAAGGUCGGCAGGUUAAGGUGUAGGACUGUCUGUAGGCCUAUCGUUUAAAGGUCGGCAGGUUAAGGUGUAGG